GCGGAAGAUUGACAGAUGGUGCAGCGGGUCGAGCGCUGCAGGCCUCAGCCCGUAGGUCUUUAAAUUGGCGCAGGUCGACUGGCACCUGAGCACUUGCUUUGAUCGAUCCGAAUUCCGAGAGUCUACGGGCACUCCUCGUCUCCCUUUCGCAUCUUGCGUUCUUUUUUUGCGUCCAGGAACGCUCUCAACUAUGGGUUUGGAGGAGGAUUUUGAGAAGGCGACCAAGGACGCUUUGACUUUGCCAGCCACGACCACAGACGAGGACAAGCUCGUUCUGUACGGUCUGUUCAAGACGGCCACCGUUGGGAAAGUGAACACCAGUCGUCCUGGUAUGUUCGACCCGAAGGGCAAGUACAAGUGGGAUGCCUGGAAGGCCGUCGAAGGCAAGACGAAGGAAGAGGCCAUGAAGGACUACAUCACUAAGGUUACUCAGCUGCAGGAGGCCUAAGCCCUCUCACUUAUAUACUGCUCUACAGUGGGCGACAUCUUCACAGGGGCCUUUCGAGAACGAUAGACGGACUUCAGACUGUCUACACGGCCUUUAAGCGUUGGCAAAUACAUCUCAGGUGUCAAGUAGACAGCACAUUAUAUGCUUUGGGAGUUCUUGACUCUAUUAACUUGAUAAGCAUUAUUGUACCAUUCUUAUGUAAGUAUGUUCUGUAAGAAACUCUUUCGUCAAGGCCAUUGUUGAAUCUGGGUGUCAGAUGACUUUCUCAUUUCAGGCUCAUUGCAGCGGUUAUAUAAUGUGUUUUGAAUACGCGUAGUGACUAGUAGUCACAUGGAUUUCCAACUGCAUCUUUCGAUCGUUGUGAGAAUUGCGUACAGACCAUGUUC